AUAAAAACUGCAGGAGCACGAGAGAGAGAGACACACAUUCAAUGCCAUCAAGAUCUUAAUUUCAUUUUAAACAGCUGUAAUACGGACAUGCAUUGUAAUUUUGCUUAAAACAUUUGUUUUUGCACCAAGGCAACUUAUUGCAAUAACACAGAGGCUGUGCUCUCAUCUGGUGUGUAAUGUGAUGCAGUAGUUUCCGUAAAUGGUCUUUACUCGAUGGCGACAGUUCAGUGGUGCUGAAGCCGCGUGAGGGCUCGUGCUCAUCGCCACAAACGUUUCACGAGCCACUUGACUGCCAUCUUACUGAGAAGUUUGUCUUCUUUUUUACUUUUGCCAAGUGGCGGGACGGAUUAACAAUAUUAUUUCCAUGCGCCCGACUUCAUCCGCCGCAUUUCCUACAGAAGAAUGACUUCGGUGUGGAAAAGACUGCAAAGAGUUGGCAAAAAAGCCACGAAAUUUCAAUUCGUCGCGUCUUAUCAAGAACUUGUUCUGGAAUGUACGAAGAAAUGGCAACCAGACAAACUGAGAGUGGUGUGGACGAGAAGGAACAGACGCAUUUGCUCAAAGCUUCAUUCAUGGCAGCCAGGCAUCAAAAAUCCAUACAGGGGAAUGGUUGUGUGGCCUGUACCUGAGAAUGUAGACAUUACUGCCACACUUUACAGGGACCCACAUGCAGAUGAGUUUGAAGACAAAGACUGGACAUUUGUCAUUGAGAAUGAGACUGCAAAGGGCAGCCGGAAAGUUCUGGCGUCCGUGGAUUUGAAUAUGAAAAAAUUUGCCAGUUUGACACACUCUCAGACAGAUCUGACGCUCAAAAUGAAACCUCUGUCGGUCAAGGUGGUGGAAGCCACCCUAAAGCUCUCCCUAUCCUGCGUGUUCCUCAAGGAAGGCAAAGCAACGGACGAGGACAUGCAAAGUCUUGCCAGCUUGAUGAGCGUAAAACCAACAGAUAUUGGAAAUCUGGAUGACUUUAAUGAGAGUGAUGAAGAAGAGGAUAAAAGAUCCAGUACUGGGAUUAAUCCCAAUACUGCAGUUCCAGCAUCCCACCCUACUCUUCGAUCAACACGUUCUCAAGAAAAGAGGCCGGCAUCUUUAAAGAACCCUGCAGUAAUAGUCAGUGGUAAGGAGAGGACUGCUGCUGGUGUCCUCUCAUGGCCAGUGUCUGGCACUGUCCCUAAACCUGACCUGCCAUCACGCCCACCAUUACCCACCCCGCCCAGCCCAACCGUUCGCCCCGGGCCCUCACCUGCUCGCACCCGACCGCCACGUCCACCACCCCCCGCUCAAUCGCAGUCCCCACCUGACUCCCAAACAGACCAUAACAUUACUGCUCUGCUCCCACCGGCUCUGCCUAAAAUCUUUCAGCCAACCCCUGGCUCAGCUCCUGUGUCUUUUGCAAGAAGACUCUCAGGGUCUGAUGGCCCCUCUGAGGGUCUCGUGACCUCUGACUAUCCUCUACUUAAACAACUUCCUCUGGCUUCUCCUUCUGAUCCCUUUCUCUCUCACACUCCUUCUCCCCCUACUCUGAGCCUGAAAGAUUCUUCGUGCAGCAAUGUUUUUAAGCCUAAAAUUGUCCCUGGUGCCCGACCCGUGUCCCCCACUCCUGUUGCCCUCCUCGAACAAACCUCUUCGCGUUGUCUCUCUGACACACUUAAGCGACCUUCUGCUGGCACAGUGCCAGGGCCUGCACAUUUAAAUGAACAGAAGAUGGCUGUUUCUACUCCAUACUUCUGUACCUCUUUUACUGAACCUGUGACUCCUGUCCCUUUGCUAAGCACUCCAGAUCUUGAUGCUCUGUGCGAAACUUCUGAUCCCUUUAAAUCACUUUACAAGUCAUCUCCACCUUCUUCUGCACCCCUCUGCUACCUCACCAGCAAACCUAUUCCAGCCUCUUCUACCCCAGUAAUUCUCUCAUCUUCUUCUCCUGCUGUCGCCCUGUCAACCUCUGAUUCCCUCGCAGCUUCCCCCUGCUGUUCACCUGAGCCUUCCGCUGCCCAGCCAGAGAUAACAAGGGAGCUCAAUACACUUACAGAAGAGGAUCAGACAAAUCCAUUUCUACAAGAUUUAGUCGUCGAACGACUGAAGAACUCUGAGGCCACACAGGAGCAGCAUCACUCGCCUCGAACCGUGUGCAGCAUUAGCAUUGCUAAUCAACAACCUACUUCCUCCCAGUACACUGAAAUCAGCAGCACUAAAGAAAAAGAGCCUAUAGCUUCAAGAGCUGGAUCAGCCAAGGCUGUCGAAAGUCCUGAGCCUGUUGGCAAGUCAACAAUUGACUCAUCUGAAGAAAAGCACACAUUCGUAUUUAAGGAACUGGACACUGGGACUGUGCCUCCUCCACACCCAUUCUCUGUUCCAUCAAUACCUUCCUCAUCGAUGCCUUCGAAACUUGCUCAUUCAAAAGACGUUCAAGAUGAAAACCUGCAUGUGUUUACUGCAGAGAAACCACCAUUGGCUGAGGAAGAGCCAGAUUUUCAAGUGGAGGAUUUUGAUACAGUGUUCAUAACCUCUCCCCCCAAUGAAAAUGUUACAGUUGGCGGACAUCCGGAGAAAGAGAUGCAAGCUUCAGGGAAAGUCCAGCACACUUCACUUGAUAGUGAAGGGUCAAUGCAGUCCAGCCUGGUUCAAACCUCAUCAAUGACUAAUAACUUCGCAAAGCAACAACAAAAUACAAAUACAGAAUCACCAGGGGAAGUCAUAUUGAAAGAGGAACCAGCUGAGCAGAAUGUGAAGGGUGCUCUGCUUUGUGCAUACCUUAACAAGUCGGAUGAGGACAAAAUGAUGAAACACUUUGUUUCGACUAAGGUAACACCGGCAGAGCAAAAUAUCCCCAACAUAUUAUCCAGUUCAGCUCUUCCACAGCAAGAACCUACAGCUGAGAAAAGUUCUCCCAAACCAGUGUUGGUGGAAGAAGUCCUUGCACCUAAAGAAGACAGUAGAUCGAUAGAAAAGCAGUCCCAAAAUGAUCAAUUGAAAACAAUUCUAACUAUUGAGGAAAGUGAAACCAAUUUGGCUUGUACUCAGGACGUCCUUCCAGCAUCUGAAAAACCCACUGUAAACAAGAUAAAAGACACUGCCCCUAAACAACUUACUCAUCCCCAACACUUGAAGCCCGUUUGUGAACCCGAGCUGAUGGUGAAGGAUCCAGACAGUACAGAAUCAACCGAAAAGGGUAAAGAGCCCAACUUAGUUGACCACGCAGUGGUUCCAAUCUGGAGCGUCCUGGAAGACAAAGUAAGAAAAGUAGAGGAUCAAACCAGAGAUGAGGAAAUGCAUACGCACAAAACACCUCAUGAGAUACCAAAAGAAGAGAAUGAAACUAAAGUGACUUCAAACAAUAAUUCAGAUGCAGGAUCUGAUUUACCUCAGCCAAAGGAGUCCUUCAUUAAAACACCAGAGGCUAAAGGAUUUAAGAGCCCAUCUAAGAGCCCUGGCAGUGUACAUGUUAACGGACAGACCGGCACAUCCCAAGAAAUCGAGGUUCCAAUGCGCAGCAAGAAGAAAAUUCCAGCACCAGUGGACCUCACAGCAGUAAAGAAACUUGAAGAAUCGCUUAAAGAUGGUUCGGGAGUACCUGCUUGGGAAUUUGCAAGUCCACUGCCCAGUCCUGGUCUGGUGACGUCCAGUCAGUCCUUGCUGGAAUGGUGUCAGCAGAUCGCUAAAAACUAUAAGGGAAUAAAAAUUACAAACUUCAGCACAUCCUGGCGUAACGGCCUGGCGUUCUGCGCUAUCUUGCAUCACUUCCACCCUGAUUUAAUUAACUUUAAUGCAUUAGAACCUCACAACAUAAAGGAAAACAACAAAAAAGCUUUUGAUGGUUUCGCAUCAUUGGGAAUCUCUCGUCUGCUGGAGCCUUCAGACAUGGUGCUUCUCUCCGUACCAGAUCGUUUGAUCGUCAUGACGUACCUGUGCCAAAUCCGUGCCCAUUUCACUGGGCAGGAACUGAGCGUGCUGCAGAUCGAACAGAACAACAGUCAGUCCAGCUACGCGGUAGCCGAACCCAAGCGGGGGCCGGACGUGGACGUUGCAGCUAAAUUUUGUGCAGAGAGGCUUCAGGCAGGAGCUUUGUCUGGGGAGAGUAACAGCAGGAAGCCGCAGGGAGAGGAUCAAACAGAUACUGUGGUGAAGCCUAACGGAGGCCUCGUUCCUCCACCCCGGACUAGGCGUGCUGGAAAGGCAGAUGAGAACGGUAGUAAGGAUACAGUAAUCAAGGGAUCGGAGACGGAUGGAAGUGUGCAGACUCCAGUGGCUCCUCCGAGGUCAAACACGACGGCUUCUAAAUCAGGCUUAGGGCACCUACGAGACGCAGAUCUGGUCAAGAGACAACGGUCACGGCGAAGGAGCGAAUCUAUAGAGAAGACAGAUUCAAAAGAGACUGGUAAAGGUGAGCUGGCGGGUGAAGGAACAAAUGGCUCAACAGCUGCCACCGAACAUGCUGAUACAGAACACCAUGAAGCAAACCAGGAAAAAUCAGCACAGUUUGAAAAAAUGUGCCUGCAGGACACCAAUCAGUAUGUGCUGAGUGAACUUCAGGCUCUGGAAACAGAACAGAAGCACAUAGACAGUAGAGCUGCUAUCGUAGAGAAGAGGCUCAGGAGGCUUAUGGAAACAGGAAGUGAUAAAGAUGAAGAAGAGAAGCUGAUUCAGGAGUGGUUCACUCUUGUUAACAAGAAGAACGCAUUGAUCAGGAGACAAGACCAUCUGGAGCUGCUGCAAGAAGAGCAGGAUUUAGAAAGAAGAUUUGAGCUGCUAACCCGAGAACUUAGAGCCAUGAUGGCUAUCGAAGACUGGCAGAAGACGCAGGCCCAGCAGCACAGAGAACAGUUACUACUGCAAGAGCUGGUGUCUCUGGUCAACAAGCGCGAUGAGCUGGUCAGAGACAUGGAUGCCAAGGAAAGAGGGGCUCUGGAGGAGGAUGAGAGAUUGCAACAAGGUCUGGAAGCAAGAAGGAGAAAAUACAGCAAUAAGGAAAAGUGUGUUCUUCAAUAAUUGCACAAACCUGGAAUUUCAAAACUGUGGCUUAUUGUGUCACACAAUGCACACCAAGGACUAUUUUUUGAAGUGUAAAUCUUUAAAUACACCAGGACGUGAGUGUGCCUUUUAACUGUCAAAGACUUUUUGCCUAAAGAUCAUGUAAGAAAGGCUUUUAUGUUCAAGAGCAUUUUCAGGAACAGUAGUUCCGGGGAUACCAUUUCAAGUCAAGAUGAUCAGUGAAAUUAUUUUAUGAACGUUUUAAGUUUUAAGAUUUCAGUAUUUUCCUGUUGAUGGUUUUUCGUCACGAGUUUGGUUAUUAUGCAAUAUUACUUGAAAUAUGAAAAGGCCUCUUUUGCCUUAUGUUUUACUUAUCAUAAACAAACGCUCCUUGCACACUUCAAUAGCUGCUGGUGGGUUCAAUGCACACGGGAAACGAUAAAGAAAGGAGAAGUCUCACACAUCGCUGAAAAGCUUGCAAGAAAUAUGACAUUUAUCACUUUUGGUCAUGCCAGGCAUUGUUUGGCUGGAUUUGCUUUAUAAAUCUUGCUUUCUCUCCUUGUGUUCAAUUGAAAAAUAUGUUUUUGUACAAUUAAAGAUAAUUUGACACUUUUGAAAGACAAAGGCUUGUGCCAAAGUUUUCUGUUUUUAAGUUAUUUAUUUGUCCAUGUUUGCAGGUAUAAUGUCUACGUAUUGUAUUAGCUGCAAAUUGUAUUAUCUGAUGUGGUUUAUCAGACAGUAUCUGUUGUUAUUUCAAGUUUCUCCAAAUGUCCUUUUGCAUUGCAGUGCCUUUAGAGGUUUAAUACCUUUUGACAAGGGGCUUUUUUAUAUAAUAAAGCCAUUUUCUGUUUUAAAUUUUAAAAAUAUUUAUGGGUUGUUUUAUAGAUAUACAAAAAAAUAUUUUUUUCUCUGUAAUUUUUUGAUAUUUUUAAAGUGUUAUUCAUUCCUAUUUUAAGAUUUAGGAUAUUCAAUAAAGUUUGAUGAUGUUUGAA